AUGAGUGGAGCGCUCUGCAAGGCGCUUCAGGAAUAUGGGAGCAAGAUGACAAAGCUAUCCCAAAGAAUCAUUGAGAUUCUAUUGCGAAGCUUGGAAGAUGGUCUUGAUCAUAAGAAAUACUAUGAAUCUGAAUUCAAGAAUGGCCAUGGAUAUUUGAGGAUUAUAAACUACACACCUCUAAAAUGUCUGGAUGAUGAGGUUGAGGGCCUCGGGAUGCAUACAGACAUGAGCUGCGUAACGAUUGUUUACCAAGACCAAAUUGGCGGGCUUCAGGUGAAAUCUAGGGAAGGGAAGUGGAUGGACAUAAACCCCUGUGAGGAAACUUUGGUGGUGAACAUAGGAGAUAUGUUGCAAGCUUGGAGCAAUGAGAAAUUUAGAUCAUCAGAACAUCGAGUUAUUUUGAAAAAACCAGUUAACCGAUUCUCUCUUGCUUUUUUCUGGUGCUUUGAGGAUGAGAAGGUGAUCUUUGCACCAGAUGAAGUAGUUGGAGAAGGAUAUGCAAGAAUUUACAAGCCGUUUGUCUGUUCAGAUUAUUUGAAAUUCAGAGAGAGCAGUGAGAGAGGGAAGUUUGAAAAGGUUGGCUUCACUGUUAGAGAUUUCGCUGGGAUAAAUCUCUGAAGUCAUGGCUGGAAAAUCCAAGUUGAAAUAGUUGUUCUUCAUGGACUUUGGUCAUAUUAUUUAUGUUAGCUAGUUAGAUAACCUUCAAGAUGGGCAAGUUAUGGUUUGUAAAGUUGAAGAGUUGGGUUAGUUGAGUUUGGGAGCCUUGGCAUGUUAGGCAGUUAAAUACUUAAUAGUGCAAGGGCCGUACAGUUGCAGAUCAACUUCCAACUUCACAUGUUUGUAUAUAAUAUCAUUUGUGUAAUUAUGUGUUUAUUAAUGGAUGGGAUAUAAUAGUUUAAAGCUAUUUCCCAAAGCAUCUACAAUUUUUUUUUCCCUUAAUGGUUUUAUCAUUGCAAAUCAUCCAUUCUAUGAGCAUCUGAUGUCAAAAAAGAUGCUUGUCAAAAAAACUGAUACAAAUAAGAAAUUAUAAUUGGCUGGAAUUUUAAGUGU